AUUCGUUUUUGAGCAAUCUCUAAGUAUCUCAAAUUCUCAAAACGAAGAGCGAAAUCAGAAAUAUCAGGAGCAGUCUGCAGUAUUCACGCACAGAAAAAUAUCAUGUUUGGCUGCUAGGGAUAAAAUGCCUAUCUCUAGGUCCAGGGUUCCCCCUGUCAAUCCCUUACAGUUGGAAAACAUCUACACCCUCAUCAAGCUUUCGGAGGAGAUCGAGGAACAGAGAUACGAAUCAGCUUGUCAGGAUAUUCAGGUUGAUGUAACUGAUGUUAUUGAGGAGAAUGAUCUGUGGCUGGUCAAGUAUGAUGAACUCUCCCAAAAGACGAGAUCUAUCCCUCUGUCUCAUCUGGGAUGUUGCAAGGAAGGAGGUGAGCUGUUCAGUGCCCUGUGUAUGUGGGUAGAUGUGAACCAACGUUAUGUUGAUUUAGGAUUGUUUCCUCAGUGGUACGAUAUCGCUAGAGAGUUGAAUAUUGACGAAAUGAAAACUGAGUGGGUUAAGGUUUGUAUCCGGCCUGAGCAGAGCUUUACACGCGCUAUCCUAGAGAUAUAUAUGUACGACGGAGGAACUCUUGGUGAAGUUGUCUCAGCUCUCAGAAAGCAGAAGCAGUACAGGAUAAUACAAGAGAUAUCUGACAAAGCUGAUGUGUUCCUUGAUGUGUAUACGGUGUAUCAUAAGAACAAUUACAACCCAACAGUAACUAAUGAUAAUCAUCUCUACUCCAUCAUGAGAACUCUAUUCGAUACCUUCAGUAAGACUGGAUACGAGGAUCCAUUGAGUAAAUUCCAGGAUUACAGCCAGGGAUUCAAGAACUACUUCAGGACAGAUAGAUCAAAGAUACAGCCUCAGACCGAGUUGAUAAUGAACCCUGUGCAGUUUAAUGGAACCUCCUCGUUUCCUUCUCAGGAUUCAGGAUACACAUCACCCCGUGAAUAUGGUGGAUAUCUUCCGGCUAUGCCACCCAUGGAUAUUACCUCAAACUCUGUGACUAACUUCAGGUGA